AUGGGAAUGUUGGAACUUACUGGUCGUGUGAAAAUGGAUAAUAAUUUUGAGUACAUCUUCUCUUAUUUUUCUUCAGUUGAUGGAAAAAAAAAUAUAUAUAUCUACAAUCAAAUUGAAGCAAAAACAAACAACAACAACAAUAAUUCAAUCCCUAAGUUCUGUAUAAUGUCCUUUAAUUUUGGAUCUGGAUCAAUCAAUACAGGCAAUACCAAUGGAAACAAUUGGGGGUCAUCCUCAGGUUUUGGACGACGAGCUUCGGUUUCUGGUCCAACAGCAACGACAACAUCAACAUCAACAUCAACAAAUACUUUCGGAAAUACAACUGGUGGUGGUGGUGGUGGUGGAUUAUUUGGUAAUCUGAACACUAAUACAACGACAACAGCAGCAGGUUCAGGAUUGUUUGGAAACUCGUCAAAUAACGCAGCAAAUUCUUCAGGGACACUUUUUGGCAAUUCAACAAAUAAUGCCUCGAAUGCAGCUAGUACCAACUUAUUUGGUAAUUCGUCUUCUACAUCUGGCGGUGGUACUCUGAAUUUAUUUGGUAAUUCCAACACUAACAACAAUCAAACAAAUACCAGUGGAACCACUAAUUUAUUUGGAUCAACUGCAAAACCGGCAGCAGCAACCACAAGUUUAUUUGGAAAUAAUGCUGCAUCCACAACUUCAAAUCUUUUCGGUGCAUCUAAUUCAAAUACCAAUACAACUGGGGGAGCAUUGGGUAAUGCCGGUGGGUUGUUCAGUAAUAAUAAUAACAACAAUACAACAUUGGGUUCUUCUUCUGGUGGACUUUUUGGUAAUUCUGGUAUUGCCAAUGGUGGUGGAUUAUUUGGGAAUAGUCAACAGAAUAAUAAUUUACAAGCUCCAUCAAAUCAACUUACUGUCAAUAAUAACAAUCCUUAUAGUUAUUCCCAAGUUAUUUCUAAUUUACAAGCAAAUACUUCAAAUAUGCCAGAAUCAAUCACCACAUCACUUUUUUCUGGAGUUGGCAAAGAAUCAUCAGAUAAAAAAAGAAGGUUUUCAUAUUUGGAGAAACUGGAAACUCAUAAACCAAAGUCAUCGCUAUUGAGUAAAUUGGGUCAAACAUUCAAGUUUAUUCGUAAUGGGAAUACAUCAGCAACUUUUGAAUCUUUAAAAGGAUUAUUCACUAGUAGUGAUGUAUUAAAACCAAAGGAAAAGAGAAUCAUGCUUUCUGCAGCAGCAGCAGCAGCAGCAUCAUCAACCCCAUUUGUUACCCCUAAAGCGAUUUCUAGACCUUCAUAUAAAGCAGUUGAUGCCAGACGAGUUGGGAGUAUGAAAAGGUUGAUCAUCAAAAGUAAACCAAUGAAAUAUCAUAUGAUCGAUGUGAAUAAGGUUUUCAAUACAAAGAGAAGAAAAGUAAUUGACAACAAAGUUACUGCUGAUAGAUUAUUGACAGCCAGCUAUCCAAGUGAUGACGAUAGCGAUGACGAAAAUAAUGAUGACAAUGAAGAAGUUGUUAGUGAUAAGACAUUUGCAAGGUACUCAUACAAAACUGGUAACACUUUUGAAGAAUCUGAAACUAAAUCUACCACAAGAGUAGUUGAAAAAGAACCACGAACCACCAAAGACGAAGAUAAACCAACAGUUGAACUUCAUGAUGGAUAUUGGUCUACUCCUACUAUUCAACAAUUAUCAGAAAUGAAUGUUGAACAACUCUCGAGUUUAGACAACUUUAUUAUUGGAAGAGUUGGUUGUGGUCAGAUUGCCUAUGAUUUCCCUGUUGAUUUGUCUCAAAUAUAUUUCAAUGCUCAAGAGAAAGGUAUACCAUUGGAAAAGGAACUUUUUGGUAAAGUUAUUGAAUUAAAUCCAAAAGUGGUAUUAGCAUAUCAGAAUUAUCCCAAUAAGCCUCAAAUAGGAUUUGGAUUGAAUGUUCCAGCAACAAUUACUCUUGAAGGUAUUGAACCAAAGGCUAAUUUGUCAGUGGCUGACCAUAUAAAUUUUUUGAGACAACAAAUAGGUAUGGAGUUUGUGACAUAUGAUCCAAUAACUUAUGUGUGGGUGUUUAAAGUUAAACAUUUUAGUAUUUGGGGUUUAAUUGAUGAAGACAAUGAUUCACAAAAGGAUUGGAUUGUCAUGAAAAGAAAACAAGAUGCUCAAGAAUUAGAAGCUUCAUUAGAAUAUUCACAAAUCUAUGAAAAUGAAAAAUAUAAGCAGGAAUUGAAAAAACAAAAAUUGAAUGAAAAAACAAAAGUUGUUCCUGGUGGUUGGGAAUAUGUCAUUCCGUCAUCUGAGGAACCGUUGAAUAUUAAACGUAGAUUAGUUUCCGAUGAAAUUAGUCAACAAUUGAUCAAAUAUCAACAACAACAUAAUAAGACAGAAGAACUUAGUGCCCAAGUAAGCGAUAUAACUAUAGAUUCCGAUCACGAGUCAACAACCCCUAAAUUAGUGACUUAUAUGGACCAAUUGGCAAAUUUUAUUCCUCCAGGGGUUGAUUUGAAUGAAAUCAUUGAUGAAAAAGUUUAUGAACCAACAAUUUCUAAUGAAGUUGUUUUUGAUUCAAUACAAAUUCGUCCAAACUUGCCAACAUCAGAAGAUUGGUUACUUCAAUUGGAAUUGGCCAAUCAAUUGACAUCUGCUUUAGCUCCUUAUGUCACUGAACCUAAGAAAAAACUGGAUAAAUUAAAUAUUGAAAGAGUUGAUGAUAUUUUAUUUUCUGAUUUCAAUAAAAAUGUUUUAAAAGUUUCCACACCAACAAAGAAAAAAUUAAGUGUUGUUGAUGAUAUAGAUGAAUCUCAAGAUAUUUAUAUUGAUAAUAUCUCAACAAUUUUCCAUAAACUUUUAUCGAAAAUAGUUAUUGGUCAUCGAGGAAAUGAGUUCCCUAAAAUUGACAAAACUACUGGAUUUGAAUUCAAAGAUAUAAUCACUAGUCAUCAAGAAAGAGAAGAAAAAGAUGUCACUAUUUUAUGUUCUGCUUUGUUUGAUAAUCUAACUAUAAAUGAACCUAACCCUGCAAUUAGUGCUGCCUUGGUGGACAAUACUAGAAAGAAGUUAUUAGGUGAUUGGUUGAAAAAUUAUAAUUCAGCAACAGUUGAGAAACUUUUGGCUGAAUACAAGAAUGAUCCAUUGGAGACAACAUUCAUUUAUAUGUGUUCUGGUGAUAUGAUUAAAGCUAUUGAAACGGCCAUACAAACAAAUAAUAGUCAUUUAUCAGUAGUGAUAACUUUAUCUGAUUCUAAUGAUGUUGUAGUGAAAUCAAUUGCACAAAAUCAAUUGACAAAUUGGAAACAACGUCAAACCAUUCUGUCUAUUCCUUCAGCUGUUGUUAAAGUUUAUCAAAUAUUGGCUGGUGAUUUCCAACCAAUUCUUGAAACGUUACCUUGGAAUCUUGGGUUAGCAUUAAAAUUGUUUUAUGGUAAUUAUAAUGAUAUCAAAAAAUUGAUUAAUGAAUUUAGUUCGCUGAUACCUAUAGGAAAUCCCGUUGGUGAUGUUUUACAUGCAUAUGUCAAUGGUAUUGAUUUGGAAUCUGUCACUUCAAGUUCAUUGAAUAUCAAAUUGAAAUGGCUAUUCUGUAAAGUAUUAGCAGAUUUCAAUUAUGACACCAUAACUAAAGAAUUUGGUGAUUAUUUACUGUCAAUUGAUUAUUGGAAGGAAAGUACUGUGGUAUUUGCCCAUUUAACUAAUGAUAAUGAUACUGGUGAUGCUAUUACAAAAUUGAUAAAUUCCAAAAUACUGCACAUAAAGAGUUUGACAAUUGAUAAAGAACAAUAUGCAAUAGAAGUAUUGAAAAUUCCAAGAAUGGUUAUAUACAAGGCUGUUGCUAUACAAAAGAGUCAAAAUGGAGAUUUCUGGGGUGAAUGUGAAGCUUUAAUAGAAGUUAGUUUAUGGGAGAAAGCACAUAUCACUAUAGUCAAUGAAUUAGGACCAAAGACAGUGAUAUCCAAUUCUCAAAAUGAGAAAUCUCAAUUACAAAAUGUACUUUUCAAAUUUCCUGAAAAUGGAUUAAUUAUAUCUGAUUGGAAUAAAGGAGCUGGUAUUUAUGGGAAAUAUUUGAUUGUUUUGCAGAAUGAAAGCGAUUUAUCAGCAAUUAAAUUUUUAUUGGAUAAUUUACCAUUGACUAAUAUUGAUUCAUUUCAUAAAACAGUUGCAUUAGAUAUUAUUUCUAAAUUUAUUGGUAAUUUAAUUAUUGAAAAUGAUCAAUUUAAUCCUACAGAUAGGUUUAAAAUUUUGAAUUUACCAUUAGGAGAUGUUAAUAAAAGAUUCUUUGAAUUAAGAUUAGCAGAAUCUAAAUAG